AUGAAAGGAGAUAAUCAUCCAGCUAAACAGCUUGCUAAUUAUAAAUUACACAAUAGCUAUACUUUUUUCGGUACUAUUCAUAUCAAGACAUCAGCAACAAUGUUAACUGUAUUUUACAUAAUUUUAUUAGCUAUUACUGAUUUCACUAUUGAUAUCACAACGAUUGAUUCAUCCUCUAUUAUAUAUGUAACUAUCGCAAGUACAAUAAUAUUGUUUGUGAUAUUAUUGGCUCAGUAUGGGAUAUGGAAAGAAUCAUCAUUAUAUUUGCUACCAUUGAUAGUUAUUCAGAUGUUAUUAGGCGUAAUAAUGGUAUUAACACUUGCUUUUUCAACCUUUCUUGAAUUUCAUUGCUUUCUUAUUGAUGCUUGUCCAGGCGGCCGUUUUAUUAUACUUGCAAUGGGAAGUGCUAUCUUUUCUGUAUUACACUGUUACUGUAUUGUAAUCAUAUGGCUCUGUUGGAAAUAUUUUCGCUAUUUAAAAAAAAAAGCAGAAUUAGAACAAACAUGGCAUGUGGAAGCAAUUGAUGAUGAGUUUGAUGAAAAUGUUUUGAUCUAUAAUAUGCCACCUAAAGUUAAUUUCACUUAA